AUGGCUAUCUCAAGCAACAAUGCCUUGGUAUUUGUCAUGCUGUUAUUUACAUUAUGUGAAAUGCAAAUAAUUGCAGGACAAGAAACUCGAACCUGCACCAACCGUGGUCCAUGCUUCUUGAAAAAAAUAAAAUGCCCUCAUCAGUGCCCUCAUGCAUCAUCGCCAGACCCAAAAGCCAAAGUCUGUUCUGUUAACUGUAAUUCUCCCACAUGCGAAACUACCUGCAAACAUCAUAAACCAAAUUGCAGAAGUCCAGGAUCUGCAUGCUUGGACCCUCGUUUUGUUGGAGCAGAUGGCAUUGUUUUCUAUUUCCAUGGAAGAAAAAAUGAGCAUUUCACCUUAGUAUCAGAUGUGAAUUUCCAAAUCAAUGCACGUUUCAUUGGCCUUAGGCCUGAAGGUAGAACAAGAGAUUACACUUGGAUUCAAGCAUUAGGAAUCCUCUUCGAUUCCCAUAAGUUUACCAUUGAGGCCACACCAACAUCAUCAUGGGGUGAUGAAAUUGACCAUUUGAAAUUCUCUCACAAUGGAAAAGAACUUGUGAUCCCAGAUGGGUACCUCUCUACAUGGCAAUGUCCAGAAAAUCAAUUUAGAAUAAAGAGAACAUCAAGCAAGAACAGUGUUACUAUUACUCUUCCAGAAGUAGCAGAUAUAUCUCUCAAUGUGGUGCCUGUGACUAAGGAAGAUAGUAGAAUCCACAACUAUCAAAUUCCUGAUAAUGAUUGUUUUGCACACUUGGAGGUGCAGUUCAAAUUCUAUAGUCUAUCCUCCAAAGUUGAAGGGGUUCUUGGAAGGACUUAUCAACCUGAUUUUCAAAAUCCUGUUAAGUUGGGUGUGGCAAUGCCAGUUGUUGGAGGGGAAGAUAGGUACAGAACCACCUCACUUGUUUCUGCUGAUUGUGGUGUUUGUUUGUUUGCUCCUGCUGAAGCUUUAGUAAAUAAGAACCAAGUGAUUGAUUAUGGGGUGCUUGAUUGCACUGGUGUUGCCAACAGUGGGAAUGGUAUAGUUUGCAGAAGAUAA